AUGGCACUGACCGUAUCCUCGCCCCGCGUUUUCAACGGAAACGUGGGAAAGCAGGCUUAUGGGUCUACUGAAUCAACCUCAGGCAGCAAAUGCAUUUGUUGUCCUUAUGGAUACCACAUUGACUUGGAUUUUGUCGAGUACUGCGAGGCUGUUGCAGCCGGAAAUAUUGACAAAAACACCAUCGAGAGACGGAAGAAGCGCGAAAGACGGAGACAAUGCCAAUCUAUGGAAAUUCUACUCGGCUUGGUGAGCCCGACAUUCAGCGAACUUGAAAACGAACUGUCGAAAAUAUCACAGCAGGACGAAGGAGUUUCAAACGGAGUAACGACCUUACCGAGGUCAGGUCACCAGACCAGUCGACCCGGAGUUAACAAUCCUCACCCGUACCAUCAUCAACACUCGACGGCCCUGGACUUGAGUGACGUAGUCGGGGAUUUUGAAGCGACUUUGCAGCGACUGUCUAAACCCUACAAGAAUUAUGAUCGCAGGAAUCAGAGCGAAACCGAUGGAGCGGCGAUUGGUCAUGCAAUUCAACACACGAUCCACGCGGAUCAUAUCACGGAUUUCGAUGCCUCGAGUGUGGGGAGCGGAAACUCAAAUCUCAGUGCAGGCGCGCUUCAGAACAUCAGAGAGCAAAUGGCGAUGUCGCUUGAGAGAAUGAGAGAGCUUGAGGACCAAGUAAAAGCGAUCCCAAUGCUACAGGCUCAGAUGAUUGUCCUGAAAGAAGAGAAGAAGAAGCUGGAGAAAACUGUCGACAAUUUCCAGCAGAAUAAUUUACUAAAGGACGUAGUGAACUCGAAAAUCCAAAAUAAGCUGAGAAGCAAUUCGUUUUCAUCGGGAAAACUGCCACAAAAAUGCGUUCCUGUAAACACGAGGGACAUGGGAACUAUGUGUGGCGUUAUGACGCGAGAUGUGGGAGUUUCACACCAACAGGUUCGGACACGGGACGUCGGAAUGACUACGAGCACGCCAAUCCAAGUGAUAGGCCGUCCAACCGAAUUUACAACUGUAAAAUUAGACGAUUUGAAUUUUGAACCGAGGAAAGCUUUUGGCUCUCCAACGGCCAGGAGAAGCCUACAAAAAUAUCAAUCACGCGAAAAUAUCACCUCCAUCUACAGCAAUAAAGACUCCUCGAGUUUAUCAAAUCUUUCGCGAAGCAGCGAGUCCAAUUCUACGCCUGAAAUGAAACGAAAAAAUUCGCUAUUAAAAAUCCCCUCGUAUCAAAAUUUGUCAUCGCCAAAAGAACUCAAAGACUCGUGGACUAACACCGAAAGUGCAAGGCUGACUCGCAGUGAUUUAUUUUUCGAACAAAUUUCACCGGAAAUCAUAAAAGAUCCGGAAGUCCUGACCGUUAAGCCCCGCACGUCCGAAGUUGGAACUUCGAUAGGACCAUCGAGCCCAGGAACAAAAUCAAUAGCCAUUGGACCGGAUCCUGUUUCAAUCGUACAGCCGAUUUCACUAAAUUCAAUGAACUCAAGGAGCCAUUCAUUCAAUUACGGUGACACUAAACCCAAGAGAAAAACUACGAGGACCGUUGGGUUGACUGUCGAAGGAUUGAUUAAAACUACACCCAAGAGUACCGACACUGUGGGCCUCUCGCCAAAGAGACGUGAGUUUGGUACAUCGCCUAUUAAGAAAAAGCUAGUCGACGUUUCUGUUGGUGCUUCUGUCAAACCACAUAUUUCUAUUUCUUGCGCUGCUAACUAUUGCGACAACUGCAAAGAAACAAUAAAAACACUUGCCAAGCAGAUUUCAAAUAAUAAUGAGAAUAUGUACAGAAGUUUGGAUAACUCGCCGAACCAAGCGACUAAUGGGGUCUCGAGGAUACCAAGACCCGCGAACAUUAACUUAAACAGCACUGAUCUUAAAAAGCAAUUCAAGAGGCAAGACACCUACACCAAAAUUCCCGUUGGAAUCAUACGCUAUGACGCCGACAACAAAGAAUUGUAUGAUUGUAAUAAGCAUGAAAUGGUGGGAGAGGAAAUAAAAAACGACACCACUAAAGAAUCCAAAGAAAUAAUAUCUCCUGAGAAAGAAAUAAACAGUGAAGAAAAAACAAGCUUACCGGAUUCAGCGUUAUUCGAGCCAAUACGUGACAAGUCUCGCGUGAAAAAAGAACCGUCGAAAGAAAUGCGCGCGGCAUUAAAAGUACUGAAUGACAACUUGAAAAAAUCUCCCAGCAAAAAUAUUUCCCAUCAGACCAAGAACGCCACCAACGUAAUCCAGCAAGAGUGGUUUAAAAUAUCGAGUGUCGUGACAGCGAAUCCCCUGGAUGUCGAGGACUACUUGGACUGCUUCGAAGAACACUCGAGCAUCUUGCUGGAAUACAUCGUAAACAUGGUCGAUACCAAUGGAAACACUGCAAUGCACUACGCUGUUUCUCACGGCAAUUACGACGUUGUUUCAAUUCUUCUCGACUCGAAAGUUUGUGACAUUAACAAGCCAAAUGCUGCUGGUUACACUCCUGUGAUGCUGACAGCCCUCGUUGACAUUAAAAAUUCAACCCAUGCCUCCGUCAUAACCAGACUUUUUCAAUUGGCUGAUGUUAAUACUCGCGCUAAAAUUCAUGGACAAACGGCGCUGAUGCUUGCUGUAUCUCACGGAAGGACAGACAUGACCCGAUUGCUGCUGGAUGCUGGAGCAGCUGUCAACAUCCAGGACGAGGAUGGUAGUUCUGCGUUAAUGUGUGCCGCCGAGCAUGGACACGCCGAUAUUGUCAAGCUUUUACUGGCAAAUUCAGACUGCGACACAUCAAUUGUGGAUGUUGACGGCAACACCGCUCUGACUAUCGCCGUCCACGCGGGCAAUCGCGAUAUCGGGAUGCUUCUGUACGCUCACGAGCAAGUCAGCAGAGGUACGAGUCCGUACUCAUCUAUGAGGAGAAGUCGACGGGGUUCUAAACCCACAACACCAACGGGACCUUCUCCGUCAGCACCAGCCAGUCCUGCCCCCUCGCGAAGAUUUACUCCCACGUCCAAAUACUCCGGGAAGAUUUCAAAACAAUCUAGAGAAGACUAG